CGAGGGUUCAGCCCGCGCGCGUUCAGUCAGCUGACGCCCGCCGCCACUACCGUACGUCAUCUUUCACUCCGCGCCGGUUCCGCGCAGUGUCUCGUGUUAUAAACACCCCCUUCGUGUUUUAUAUAAAACCACAAUGGCCACCUACGCUCAGUUCAAGCAUGUCGAGCUCUACAAGAUCGGCCAUGGAAAGAACAGAGUGCCUAACGCGCCCAAGAGCUGCAUCGCCGAGAUUUUCAGCUCGGACGCCGUGGACAGCAGCCCGGUGAAGAAUGGCAACGUGCGCCCGCGCGCCGUGCGCGACACGCCCACCCGCCCGCGCGAUACUCACUCCAGACUUUUCGGACAGAUCGCCUCAGCCCACGUGGCCCCCAUGGUGACCGACACCAUACGCAGCAACAUCAAAUUCGGCGAGGCGACCAUGAACGGCGGCAGCCCUGCACACUCGCCCAAGAUGAACGGAAGCGCCUCCUCGACGCCCAGCCGAGGUGAGACGGACGUCGGGGAACACUCAUCGUUCACGCCGCCCAAGAGGAAUCCAGUGACCGGAGAUGGGGUGCUGCUGCAGCCUGCGCGACGUCGGCACCCGGCCGCCGCCCUGCGAGAAGGCAACCCGAUCACCGGUGACGGCUACAAGUCGCUGAACGGGCAGAUCAACACCGUGACGUCACUAAACGGUAACAGCAUCAUCAACCACAACCGCGUGCCGCCCGGCGGGUUCUCCUCCGGUCUCUGGUAGAAUUUGAGUGUAGGGGCAUACUCAAAUUCGACUUAUAUUUUACCGAAAACCCCCACCUUGUCAUAAAAGACAAACAUUUUGUAAAAAAUAUAAGAUUAUUUCAAAUUCAUCAAGAAUUCCUUUAUAACUGACAAAGAAACGGCGUGGU